AUGGGUUCCUGCUUUAGUUCCAGAAUCAAAGCUGGGGCAAGGAAAGAUUUGAGCUUGUCGACGAGCAAGGUGUCAUCAUCAGCUGGGACAGUGCCCACUACGCUGAGAACAGAAGGCAAGAUCUUGCAAGCCACAAACUUGAAGAGCUUUACCUUCGGCAAUCUCAAGGCAGCCACUAGGAACUUCCGCCCCGACAGUUUGUUGGGUGAAGGAGGGUUUGAGUGUGUUUUCAAAGGAUUGGUAGAAGAGAAUUCACUCACUGCUGUAAGGCAUGGAACUGGGAUGGUUAUUGCCGUCAAGAGGCUUAACCAAGAGAGCUAUCAAGGCCACCAAGAACGGUUGGUUGUCGUUGAUGCUGCUAAAGGUCUAGCAUUCCUUCACAGCGAUAAGGCCAAAGUCAUAUACCGCGACUUCAAGACUUCCAACAUCCUUCUCGAUUCGAGCAACAACGCUAAGCUCUCGGAUUUCGGGCUAGCCAAGGACGGUCCAACUGGGAGUAAGAGCCACGUCUCCACAAGAGUCAUGGGCACAUAUGGCUAUGCAGCUCCUGAGUAUAUGGCCACAGGUCAUCUGACAGCAAAGAGCGAUGUGUGUAGCUUUGGGGUUGUCCUGCUGGAGAUCAUCUCUGGCAGGAGAGCUAUAGACAAGAACAGGCCGUCAAGGGAGAAGAGCCUCGUGGAAUGGGCGAGGCCUUACUUGGGUAGCAAGCAAAAGAUCUUCCAAGUGAUGGAUGCAAGGAUCGAAGGGCAUUACACAGUGAGUUGCGCGCUGAAAGUGGAGACGCUAGCAGUGAGAUGCUUGUCAGCAGAACCCAAGUACAGACCAAACAUGGAGGAAGUGUUGAGGAGUUUGGAGCAGAUUUAUCACGAGUGUGGCAGUAGUAACGAGGGUGAAUUGUCAUCAAGAUCGAGAGAAGCACGAGCCGACAAUGGUGGUAAGCCGAGAAGUAAGAGAACCAAUGGAGUUCACGUUGUGGGGCAGUACACUGUGAGUUGCGCACUUAAAGUGGUGACGCUUGCAGUGAGAUGCUUGUCAGCAGAACCCGAGUACAGACCAAACAUGGAGGAAGUGUUGAGGAGUUUGGAGCAGAUUUAUCACGAGUGCAGUAGUAGUAACAAUGAGGGUGAAGUAUCCUCGAUACCGAGAGAAGCACGAGCCAACAAUGGUGGUAAGCCGAGAAGUAAGAGAACCAAUGGAGUUCAAGUUGUCGGUAAUGGCAGCAGCAGAGCAGCUCCUACUUCUCCCAGACCAUCCGCUUCACCUCUCCGUUGGUAG